UCUAUCGAUUCUUCCAUGACUAGCGCUCUCUAAUCGAGUCAAAUGCUUCUCCUGCACAGAGCCUCCUCCUUCCUCUGCCUCAGCCAUCCCAAACCUCAGUUAAUCUUCUCGAGCGCUCCAAGGGCUCCCGCAAGCGCUCGCUCGGAUAGCGUGAAGAUUCUCCUCCCCGCCGAUCGCUGCCGGUACGGACGGCUCUGCUCGGUCGGCGGCGACGGCAAUGCUUACAGUCCAUCAGAUGCAGAAAGUAGCUGUCCCAGUGAGGAAGGAAUCGAUCACGGUGGAAGACAUGAGGGAGGACCACUGGCGUCGAAUGAGACACUGAAGAAAUUGAAGAGAUAUGGAAUAGCUGGAAUAUUGUCCUAUGGGUUGUUGAACACUGCUUACUACCUUACAACAUUUCUUCUGGUCUGGUUUUACUUUGCACCAGCACCAGGAAGAAUGGGCUACCUUGCAGCGGUUGAAAGAUUCAUCAAGGUAAUGGCCAUGGUUUGGGCUGGAAGCCAAGUCACAAAGCUUAUACGAGCUGGAGGGGCCCUCGCUCUUGCGCCUUUUGUAGACAGAGGAUUGUCCUGGUUUACUACAAGAUACAAAUUUGAAUCUCAGGAGAAGGCAUUCUUGGCAAUCGUGGGUUUUUGCUUUGGCCUGGCCAUCUUGCUGUUUUUGGCUGUGACACUGAUCUCAGCGUGAUAAUGCAUUCUAUUUGUUGGGGAACAUGGUAGUUUUGUGGUCAGAGCUUUUGGUUGUGGGGGAUGCGUUGCCAAUCAUCCCACUCUCAUGUUUGUACAGCAACUUUAUCCCAGAUGGUUCAUAGUUUUAAAUGCAGCUAUAAGAUAGCCCCUCAUAGAUGAUGCAAUUCAUUGAUUUUGAUUGUAUACAGCCAGACCAAGACAUGGGUCCUUUUGAAAUUGAGACACGUAUUUGGCUUCU